CCUGCUACAUGGGGAAAAAAGCGUGACGUAUAGCUAAAUAUAAAGCUGCGCAUUUUUUUUUUCUUUUUUUCCGUUUUAAACAAAAUGAAGAACUCCCAGAUGGAAAGGAAAAAAUACUCAGUUCACAAUUUGGUAAAACUGAUUAAUGAGAGGAAUAAACAGAACGUAAGGAAUAAACAGCCGGCUGUAGGGGCGGACGGUACGACAAGUAUCAAUGCAGCAGGGGACGGUCUGGAUGGAGAAACGCACAGUAAUUUUUUCCACGUGGAGAAGAAUGGGCAGGUGGGAAGGAAGGACAAAGCUGGGUUUCCCGCGGAAGAUGGGGAAAUCGGCGGGGAGUAUGACGUGAGAGACGGGAGCGUUGACGAAGAAGACGAGUGCGAUGGUGAAGCCGUACGUGAUGGUGAAGCCGCACCUGAUGAGGAACGCGCUGACUGCACGGACGGGGCGGACACCACGCUGCCUCCAGGGGGGGGCGGCGAAGUAAAGCUGUUCAUGUUUGAUUACAACGAGUGCCAAAAUCAAAAGUGCUCCUGUAAGAAGUUAUAUCGAUUUAAAAAAAUAAAAAAGGCACCCAUCAAUAAGAAGUUUAAAGGAAUUGUGUUAACGCCAUUCUGCGAGAAAUUCUUCUCCAUAAAUGAUAAAGCCACUGUGGAGAAUUUUGGCCUGUCCGUAAUUGACUGUUCUUGGAAAUCGCUAGACUUAUUGAAAAAGGCCAAAUUCGCAAACCAGAGGAAAUUGCCCUACAUCAUUGCAGUUAAUAGUAUUAAUUAUGGAAAGCCAUACAAGCUCUCCUGCUUGGAAUCGUUGGCAUUCUGCUUAUAUGUCUGUGGCUACAACAAACAAUGUACCGAUAUUCUCAACAUUUAUAAAUGGAGCUCAAGUUUUGUAAAUCUGAAUGGAGAGUUGCUCGACAUGUACAAAUUAUGCAACACGCAUGAGGAGGUGAAGAGCGUUGAAGAUGAGUUUAUUCAUAAUUCGCUCAGCGAAAAGGAGAAGCGGAAAGAAAUAGACCAAUAUAGGGUUAUAUACGAGGAUGGCUACUUGUAG